UUUUGUAGUGAAAAAACCAGAUACAUAUGUAUGUAUGUAUGUAUUUGCGCCUCUUUAGUCAAUAAAUAUUAAUGCACAUUGAGCAGUUGGACGGGCAUGAAUUAGAAAGCAUUAUUUAUUGCAAUCAUCUGCAGUGCGAAUCAAAACAAAAUCGGAAGCGCUCCGAGAGUGAGAAAGAGGAGAGUGAGAAAAGCAGUGAAAACGAAAUAACAGCCGGCUGAUUUGUUGCGGAAAGGAAUACGAAGAGAGAAGAAGAAAAACAAACGUGUUGCUGCUGACCAGUGCAUAUCAUUAACAACAGUCAAGAAACAUUACAGCUGAAAAAGGAACCUGGCUAAGUAGCAUGUAUGCCAGGAUCAAAAUAGUGAAUAUAGCAUCAUAAUGAGCAUCCGCACGGAGCAGGAUUACGACAGUGCCACUCCGGCGCUGCAACAGCAAAUGAAUUUGGCCCGAAGAGCCUGCUGGAGGAUCAAAUCCUCCAGCUCGGAAUCCCUCUUCAAAAAUAUAGUUUCUGCAAAAACAGAUACAGAUACAGUACCACCACCACCAUCAAAAGAUAAAAACAAAACGAGAAUAGAGCCACAGACAGCGCCCGCGAAACGCAACACAUCCUCCAACUGGCGGGAUAUGUUCAGCAAGAGGAUGCUGCUUAUUUGCGCCCUAGUCCUGAUCCUUGGAAUUUCCCAGGCCCAGGCCCGGCCCAACACGAUUGCUGUGGGAGUAGCUCCGGGAAAGGUCAGCCAAGAUAUUCUAAAUCCGGUCACCCAGCUAAAUCUGCGCCAGUCGACGCCCGUGGAUGCGGUAGAUGUGAGCCUGGAUCCAACGCCAUCGGUGAGGUUGCCACGUGCCGAGCCAUUGAAAUCCGGUGACCAGGAUGCCGGCGAGAGCCACAAAAUGGAGCGGUAUCCCCUCUCCAGUGUGGACUUUGCUCGGGUAAAGACGCCGUUCAUCAUCGGAAUCUGGAUCCUGUCGGCUAGUAUAGCUAAAAUCGGUUUCCAUAUGACGCCCAAGCUGCAUCUAAUAUUUCCGGAAUCGUGCCUCCUAAUUGUCGUGGGCGUGGUAAUUGGCGUGGUGCUCUAUUUCUGCACCGAUGUUGCCGUCUCCCCGCUGACUCCCAAUACCUUCUUCUUCUACAUGCUGCCACCGAUUAUCCUGGACGCAGGCUACUUUAUGCCCAAUAGAUUGUUCUUCGACAACCUGGGCACCAUCCUGCUGAUGGCGGUGGUCGGAACCAUCUUCAACAUAGCCACCAUCGGUGGCUCGUUGUACGCCUGCGGAAAGAUGGGAAUUUACGGGGAAAGCGAGACUCCGGGUCUAAUGGACGUGUUUCUAUUUGCCUCACUGAUAUCUGCUGUGGAUCCGGUGGCCGUUUUGGCCGUAUUCGAGGAGAUACAUGUGAAUGAGAUCCUGUAUAUUGUCGUCUUUGGCGAGUCCUUGCUGAACGAUGCUGUCACGGUUGUGAUGUACCACAUGAUGGAGUCCUACAAUGAGAUAGGCUUAGACAAAAUCAUCGCCCAGGACAUCGCCAGCGGCGUGGGUUCCUUUUUUGUGGUUGCACUGGGUGGCACUGCCAUAGGCAUCAUCUGGGGCUUUCUCACUGGCUUAGUAACCCGAUUCACCGAUCACGUGCGUGUCAUAGAACCCAUUUUCAUAUUUGUGAUGGCGUACUUGGCGUAUCUUAAUGCGGAAAUAUUCCACAUGAGCGGCAUUUUAGCCAUCACUUUCUGUGGUAUCACAAUGAAAAACUAUGUGGAAUCGAAUAUUUCACAAAAGUCGCAUACGACUGUUAAAUAUGCCUUAAAGAUGUUAUCCAGUUCGGCGGAGACCAUUAUAUUUAUGUUCCUAGGCGUGGCCACUGUGAACAACAUGCACGUAUGGAAUACGUGGUUUGUGGUAUUGACCAUUGCCUUCUGUUCAGUUUUUCGUGUAAUUGGUGUCAUUUUGCUAUCGGCCCUUGCCAAUCGCUUCCGUCUGCACAAAUUGUCCCGGGUGGAUCAGUUUGUGAUGUCGUACGGAGGAUUGCGUGGUGCAGUGGCCUUUGCCCUAGUACUGUUAGUGGACGAGAAUGUGGUCAAGCAGAAGAACAUGUUUGUUACCACAACGAUAGCUGUGAUUUACUUUACUGUCUUCCUGCAAGGAAUCACUAUUAAGCCGCUGGUGAAAAUCCUUAAUGUGAAGCGCGCUAAUAAACGCAAGCCAACCAUGAACGAGCGAAUUCAUGAAAGGUUCAUGGAUCACUUGAUGGCUGGAAUUGAGGAUAUAGUGGGCAAAACGGGCAACUACAAUGUGCGGGAUAAGUUCAAGCGUUUCGACAAUCGCUUCAUUCGUCCGCUGCUGAUCAGAGAUCUUAAGGGAGCUGAGCCAAAGAUCAUCGAGACGUACUCCAAACUGACAAUGCGCGAUGCCAUGGAAGUCAUGAGGCGAAAUCCAUCCACUAUUGGCCAGAUGACGGGAACCGAGUCUAUGAGCGCCCUUUUCCGGAAUUAUACCAAUAACUAUAUUGGCGGCAGGUGGGCACCGCCAACAAUAUACACCACCUGUCCCAGUCUAACAAAUCUAGACAAUACUUGCUCACGUAAUCUGGACAUGGCUGAGCUGGAUUAUAAUCCCUCUAAGAAGGAUCUGACCGAUGCCAGGAUACAUCAUCUUUUGGCCGAAGAACUGAAGCCUUAUAGAAGGGCCUCAAUACAAAUGCACCGUCGUCUUAGUUAUAGCCGACACGCAGUAGAUGACAGAGACUUGUCCACUCAGGUCAAUUACAAGAUGCAAAUGAACUUCAGGCGCAUGUUUAAUGAUCGAAAACAUCACAAACGCAGCAAACGUGGUGCCAGCAACAAGGAGGCCAAGGAGAACGUUAAGCAGAAUCACGUCUCUUUCCAUGACUUUCAACAAAACGGCACCACUAAGCAGCUGACCAAUGGUACGGAAUCGAGUUCAAACCAUUCACGAAAAAAAUCGUACAGAAAAAGACAUACUCACAAUUCACUUAACAAAUAUCGUAAAUUAGAAAUAGACUAUAUUAACAAUGUGCUUAAUGAAACAGCAGAAGAGUGCCAACAGAAUCCCAACGAGAUCAAUGUUGUUGGCCCGAGCGACGAUUGGGAUGAUGGCCUGACGUUCACCGCCAAAUCAUCACCUGACUCGGACCGUGCCAAUAACAAUUCCCUGAUAGCCCACAUCCAAAACCUGCCGGGUUUCGAUGCCUCCAAGGCCCGUAUCGUCGUCCAGCACUAUGCGCCCAGGGCCGACGACUAUCCGGACACAGAUCUAGAGUCCCCGGAACAGGCCAUUGGGCCCACGGCCGCCGAAUUGAUAUUGCCGUGGCGGCGGGAUCGUUCAUACCAGAGCAUUGUGGCCGAACAUCCCAUUCCCGAGGAGGAUCGUAAUCUGUCCCGCGAAUCCGACGGAGAAAGGCGUGUGGCCACGCCCACCGCCACGGAAUCCCAGUUGCCUUGGAAACGGCAGGGUGACGAAUGCACGGAUGCAGUGCAGCAGAACGAGUUCCCCGCUUGGGCCUCCAACAAGGAGUACUUGGCCUACAAUUCCCCCAGUGCAACAUUCCUAGGUGGUAUAAACAAGCCUAAACAGCCAAAGUCCGUCAUAGGUCUCUUCCGACGUGAGAGUUCUAGCUCGAAGGCCGGGAGCGUUGGCAUCGGCAGCACAGGAGCCAUGGACUCUGCCGCCACUGGCUCCGACACGAUGAUGGUGCCCAUGUCCAGCCAGCCGCCCAACACUCCAUCGUCGUCCAUGCACAAUCCGCGGCUGGACAAGCGCUCCCAGUCGAUUUCGUCCAGUUCUCUGGGCGCUGGAGCGCAUCAGCUAGGUCCGGAGGGUCAUUCCGGCCCAUUUCCGAUUACGGCCAGUCACCGGCGGAACGUACGCAGGGGCUCCAUGCUUGAGCUAAGCGGACUCAUUGCAACUGGACGAAGGCCCAGUAGAAUUUUGCAAUUUAGUACGGGAGCAACUAAUUCACUAGGGUCAGCCAUGAUUACAAGCCCUUCUCCUCCACCUCCUACUACUUCAACAACAACAACUACAAAACCUACAAGCACAUCAACAACCAAGAACAACACCACCAACAAUUCAACAGAUACAACAUCAGCAAGCGCGACGAACUCGACGCCAACCUCUCCGAAAUCGGAGGACAACGCUACAUAUACGUCCCAUACAAAAGACACAAUACCAGAGGAGUCGUCGUACCAGCAUGGACACUCCAAGUCCUUGUGUGAGCCGGCGGACUCGGAUGAAUGGGAGGGAGCACCAUUGUCCACAGCUGGUGGAGCGAACAGUGAGCUUUUAAUGCGAAUGAGCGGCAGGGAACCGCUCCUGCCACGCCCAUCCAACACGCCUCGUGCCCAGAUCCGUCGCAUGAACGCCGGUGCGGUGGGCGGGGCUGGCGUGAGUCAAGCGGGCCGGAAAAACCAGGUGACCAAGGCGCUGUUGGACUACGAGGAUUCCGAAACCGACUCCGAUGAGAAUGAUGAUGAUGAGGACGAGGACUUUGAUUCCUACGAUGACGAAAACAUUGUGGUCACCACUUUUACAACACCGGCCUCGGGCAGAAGAUCGGGAUCUAGUCCAGGAUCCGGAUCAGAAGCCAACACCGCCACUACCACCACGACUAGCAUUAGGCUUACCCGCAACAACGACGAAAGCAUCAUUUGAGUAUCAAGCACGGAUGGCGACGUGGAGGACGAUCUGGAGGAUGACGGGCCAUCGGUCUCAGCACCACCAACUCACAAUUCAAAAAGUUUGCGGCUGCGUCUAUUCCCGUACGAGAUGUUCUAUUAAUUAACUCCUAAGCACACAAUUAAAUGACCUAGUUCAUAAGCGAAAAAGUGGAAAAAAAUUAGUUUCAAAAAAAGGUUUAUAACAAGAAGCUUUAUAAUUAUAUUAAUACAUAAAUCGGACAAAUGCUUAGAUAAGAGAGUAGCAAAAAUUGUAUAUAACACCAGAUUUAAAUAUCUUAAUUCAUUUCUUCUUGGUCGUUUCAGUCGCUUUUUCAGAUAUUUAACUUCCAUUUUGUGUUUAGUCCCAAUUAAUUGAUAUUAUGUACCACAAACAUAUGUAUAUAUCAAAAAAAUAAUUUAGUAACUUCAGUUGAUGUGUUCCAAAAUAACACGCAAGAAAACAAAUUGUUUCAUAAUUAACACAGCGUAGCCAAAGUUCAUAUUAAGCUUACAACUAAAGUUUAUUUCUUUACUUGUAAUUUAGAAAAAUUUACUAACUGAAAAUCACAUCGCGAGUAUGUGUUGCAUACAGUACUUAAGCACGUACUUAGUUCGAUAAUGCAGAGUUUGUUUCCAUUUUAGCCUUAGUUAUUAGAGUUUUAAGCAAUUAAUUUCUAAAUAACCGCAGAGUUAGUACUAAAAAUAAUGCAGUAAAGUUGUUCUCAGCUGGAACUGUUACUAAACUUGCAUCAUUCAUCACUAUAAAUAAAGUUUAGGAGUAUUUCGAAACUGUUUUGGAAACAGCAAUAACCUCUGAAACUGUAUGAGUCGGAAACGGUGCUGAAUAGACGGCUUUAAUACAUGUUAUCUAAA